AUGGCCCCGCCCCGGCUCCACCCACCUAGCGUGCUCCAGCCCGAGGCCCCGCCUACAGUCCCACCCCUACCUCUAGCCCUGCCCCCAAGGCCCGGAAGCGAAAGCAGCUCCUCCACUUCCGAGUGGGGUCACGGUUCGGCCGCCUGGAGCAAGGUCUCAGCGCGUGCGGUGCCCUCCGCGGGUCAGGGCAGCCCCUCGCCCUGCGCCAUGUCCCGGAACCUGCGCACCGCGCUCAUUUUCGGCGGCUUCUUCUCCUUGGUCGGCGCCGCCUUCUACCCCAUCUACUUCCGGCCCCUAAUGAGGCUGGAGGAGUACCAGAAGGAACAAGCCAUAAAUCGGGCUGGGAUUGUUCAAGAAGAUGUGCAGCCACCAGGGUUAAAAGUGUGGUCGGAUCCAUUUGGCAGGAAAUGAGAAGGCUGUCACCAGCUCUGAUUACAAAAGUAGACAUCUUCAUGCUUUUGAGUCGGCUUCGAACACAAUAAAUCACUUCACUAUGGAAGGGCGGCUGGAGAAGAAAACCCUGUAAUGCCGUCAAUAAGAGUGCUUGUCAUAAAAGACUGCGUACUAGGAUUAAUAUUUCCCUUCUUAAAUAUCAAAAGAACCCUGGAACACAUUAGGAAGGUUUGCAUGAUUUGGUUGACUUUCCAAAAAUGAAGCUAUUUUGGUGGGGCUGUUCACCCAAGAUGUGUUUAUUAUUCAGUCUUUAUCACCACUGAACUGUGAUAGGAAUACAAGCAACCCUUGGGCUUGAGGAGGUGCAUGCCCCCUCUGCCACCUUUCAAACAGCAGAUUUCAGAAGAAGAACCACCCUGCUGAGCUGCCUUGAAGGGCUCUUUGAAAAUAUUCAAGCUGAUAAAGCUCUUUGAGGACAAGGUACUUGUGCUAUUUAAGAAUAAACAGUUCAGCCUGCACCAUCUCUGUUGAAGAUUGCUCCAUGCUGGAAAAGAAACAAAUAUAAAGCAGGUCAAACCGCAUGGGUGCGUGGGCAUAGUACAAAUCAGGGGUGAAUCAACAGAAGUGAAAAAUAUGUCUAUUAAAAUGGUUUGUUUUUAUUUUA